AUGCGUGAAAUUGUUCAUAUUCAAGCAGGUCAAUGUGGCAACCAAAUCGGAGCCAAGUUCUGGGAAAUCAUCUCCGAUGAACAUGGAAUUGAUGCAACUGGAUGUUACUGCGGUGAUUCUGAUCUCCAACUUGAAAGAAUUAACGUUUACUACAACGAAGCCACUGGAGGAAAAUACGUCCCCAGAGCUGUUUUGGUGGAUCUGGAACCAGGAACAAUGGAUUCUGUUCGUGCUGGUCCUUUUGGUCAACUCUUCCGUCCAGAUAACUUUGUGUUUGGACAAUCAGGCGCUGGAAACAAUUGGGCAAAGGGUCAUUACACUGAAGGCGCUGAACUUGUCGAUGCUGUCUUAGAUGUAGUUCGAAAAGAAGCUGAAAGUUGUGACUGCUUGCAAGGUUUUCAAAUGACACACUCUCUGGGAGGUGGAACAGGUUCAGGAAUGGGAACUUUGCUGAUUUCAAAGAUUCGCGAAGAAUAUCCUGAUCGUAUCAUGAACACUUAUUCAGUGGUUCCUUCACCUAAAGUGUCUGACACUGUCGUUGAACCGUAA